CACGCGUGGGUCGGGGGCCGGUCCCUCUGCCGCAGACGGCUACUCGGUGGCAACUAACCCGGCCGCCAGUUACUCGUCGGCAAUGAACGGCUCACUAGCCGGAGGUUCGACCAAACGCCUCCGCGAAGAUGAUGACUCUGACCGUAUCGUCCGCCCCGAGAGCCGCGGGCCCGAGUUUGAGCACAAACGCCGCAAGACUCUCACGGAAACGCCUGUCGUUGGCGGUCCCGUCGGCGGUGGCGGCGCGCCGCUCGCCCUUCAGCCCAUGAAGACGGGUGGAGUCCUGUCUCGUCGUCGAUGAUCCCUGGAGAUGGUUUUUUUUUUCCCCCUUCCCCCACCACAUUCAGGCAAACAAAAAUCAUUCUCCCUCCCUCUCUCUCUCUCUCUCUCUCUCUCUCUCUUCUGCUUGCAAUGAAUUCAAUGAUACUGCAAAUGAUCAUAACUCCUGUUCUCCCCAUCGGCAUGAGAUACGAUUUUUUUUCUCUCUCUUUCUGUUAUAGACUACAUGUCCAACCGAGAAGCGUAUAUGAAGGCAUUCGUCCUCUUUUCCUUUUUCCCCCCCUGUCUCCUCUCUCAUGUGCUUCCCUAUAUGGUUCGGUGCUCUGGGUUCAUCUUUGUGGCGUGUGUGCAUGUGUGUUGUGUCUUGCCUCGAAUUGAUUAGUUUCCCCUUUUCCCCCCCUUUUCUUUCCUUUCUGUUUCUUGUUUCUUUCCUG